AAGGACUUUAUGAGCUGAAUCUCAACAACUCCCAGGCAGAAUGUGAGCAUUGGCUUGUGCUGCACACUGGUAUUGGUGUGUGAAUCAGGAUCUAUGUGUGAGUUAGUGAAGUGCAAUGCUAUUCCUUAGCAGUGGGACCGUGGACGCGACCCCAAGGAGCACAACUUUUGGCCAGCAGCAGCAGCAGCAGCAGCAGCAGCAGCAGCAGCAGCAGCAGCAGCAGCAGCAGCAGCAGCAGCAGCAGCAGCAGGGGAAAACCAUUUACCACAUCUCUGUAAUCCUGAAUGAAACACAAGGAGAUGUGCCGGUGCCAGAGCUGGGAAUGGGCCGGGUCACUCACACCCUGGUGGAGCAUUGCCAGCCAGGAGGAGCCCUAAUUAGCAUUGUGCCAAUGGAGAAAAGCCCCAGGCUGGGCAGGGCACGACAGGAGUUCGACAGGUGGCCCUCCCUGAGCCGUACAGGUAGAGUUCGGAGGCAAAGAGAGGAGGCAGUUUUAGAGGAGAAUGAGGAGGAGUUAGAGGAGGUGGAGGGAAAAAUGAGGACAGACAGGUUUUUGAAACAGCCCUCCAAAAACUCAGGUAACUCCUCACAGCAAGACAGAGACGUGGCAGAGUUACUUGCUCAGACAGACACCCAGGAGCAACGCAUUCAAAGCUCAGUGUUACACUCUGUCUCUGCCCACGCUAAGGGGUUCGACUUUGGGGAACAUGGCACUGUCGCCGGACACAGCUCUCUGCCCCGGGCUGUGCUGCGAAGGCCACGUCAGGAUGAAGCUCGGUUGGGUAGGAGAACACUGAGCAUGUAUGGCGAUUCUAUCAAGCAGCAAGGAGAUUCUCAACCUGAUCAAGAAAGACGGCUGCGGAGGCCCCGGAGUGUGUGCAUGCUGGCAGGCCCAGGUCCAGUUCUGUCGGAGUCCCGGACCCAGCACCCCGUCAAGAGUGCAGUCAUUUUGGAAAAUGACCUGCAGUACAGGAACAGGAAGGCUGAGCUGAGGGCUGUGGAUGGCCUCAAUUCUGUCUUGGCUCAGCGGCCUUCGGUCCCCGCAGAGGUGACCCCCAGGUUCCGCCAGAGGAACUUGAAGCCCAGGCCUGUCAGUAUGACAGUACUGGAGCUGAGAAAGAGGGGCUCUGAUGAUGAGAUAGACAGCCAGAGGAGCUGCAACCACACAGGCGGCGAUGGAGGAAGCUUCCUCAAAGGGGGCUUUCGUUGGAGGCUUUUUGGUAAAGAUAAGAGCAAGGAGAGUGAUAAAGAAUCAAAAUCUUCACCCAAAAGCAAAUCUGAUGCUCCAAAAAGUACGCUCAGCUCCCUAAGACGGAGCUUCAGUAUGAGAAUCAGGAGGACUCGUCCCCGGGACAAAGUUAGUUUAAGUUCAGAAACGGAGUCAAAGGAGCGCUCGCGGACUAAAAGUACAUCCGAAGAGACAACGAUGCCUCCGAGGCCUUUCUCGUACCUCACAGGAAGAAUGCUUCCAACUUCCAAUGAGGAGAUUGAGGAUGGGGGUAUGCAGUACAUUGAGUACCACAGCAAGGGGAAGGUCAAAGUAAUGGAGGUACCCCUCUGUCCAACAAAACUGUCUUCCAAACCAGUUCAGGAAGAACUAAGCAUUUGGCAGCUCAUAGCAAGCCGCUUCAGGAGGAAAGAGCAGCCAUGCAGUGGCAAAUGUGAAAGCCAGCUGUCCCAGAGCACAGACACUGGCCAGUAUCCCCAGGAUGGGAAUAAUAAGUCACAGCCAGUCUCCAUAGCGACUCUAGCAGGCAUUGACUCCCACAAAGGUCAAGACUCUUUCGUCAACAGCCAGGAAUGGACAUUGAGUCGGUCGGUGCCAGAGCUGAAAGUGGGCAUUGUGGGAAAUCUGUCCAGUGGGAAGUCAGCCUUGGUCCACCGGUACUUGACAGGCACAUAUGUGCAGGAGGAGUCUCCUGAAGGUGGAAGGUUCAAGAAAGAAAUAGUGGUGGACGGACAGAGCUACCUGCUCCUGAUCAGAGAUGAAGGAGGGCCUCCAGAACUGCAGUUUGCUGCCUGGGUUGAUGCAGUGGUUUUCGUCUUUAGCCUGGAGGAUGAGAUCAGCUUCCAGACAGUCUACAAUUACUUCUUGCGCCUAGCCAGCUACAGGAACACAGCUGAGGUCCCCAUGGUCCUCGUGGGAACACAAGAUGCAAUCAGUGCCGCCAACCCCAGAGUGAUCGAUGACUCGCGGGCCAGAAAGCUGUCAAACGACCUAAAGCGCUGCACGUAUUAUGAGACCUGCUCCACCUACGGCCUGAAUGUGGAGAGAGUCUUCCAGGAUGUUGCCCAGAAGGUCGUGGCCAUGAGGAAAAAGCAGCAGCUCUCGAUCGGUCCGUGCAAAUCUCUCCCCAACUCUCCCAGCCACUCAUCAGUCCCCUCUGCAUCCAUCCCCUCUGUUCACAUUAACCAGGCGGCCAAUGGUGGGGGUGCGUUCAGCGACUACUCCUCCUCUGUUCCCUCCACCCCCAGCAUAAGUCAGCGGGAGAUGCGCAUCGAGACCAUCGCUGCCUCCAAUACGCCCACGCCCAUCCGCAAGCAGUCAAAGCGCCGCUCCAACAUUUUCACAUCUCGGAAAGCCAGUGAACAGGCAAAGAGCGUUGACAGUAAAACAGACAGCAUAGGCAGUGGGAGGGCCAUACCUAUCAAACAGGGAAUCCUUCUGAAGCGAAGUGGCAAAUCCCUCAACAAGGAGUGGAAAAAGAAAUAUGUCACGCUGUGUGAUAAUGGCGUCCUUACUUACCACCCCAGUUUACAUGACUACAUGCAGAACGUUCACGGGAAAGAGAUUGACUUGCUGAGGACAACAGUCAAGAUUCCCGGGAAGCGGCCCCCGAGAGCGGUGGCCACCGUGGCCCCGACUGCUAGUCCCAAAACCAACGGGCUGACCAAGGACCGCAGCACCUUGCAGCUGGGCAUCGGAAACACAGGCGCUCCCCACUCCAACAGCAGCACAUCCCUCCAGACGGGCGGCUCGGCGUUCGGCGGCAGCAAAGACGGCAUGCACCAGCGCUCCUUCUCCGUGUCCAGUGCCGACCAGUGGAAUGAAGCCAUCAACACCAGUACGAGCAGCGGAGCCCCCAAUGGAAUGAGCGAUCCUGCGACUUCCAGUGUGGGCAGCGCCACGAGCCCUAAACUUGAGCCACCUCCUUCGCCACACGCCAACCGCAAGAAACACAGACGGAAAAAGAGCACGGGCAUCACAAAGCCAGACGGCUUAUCUGCAGGCAAUGAAGAGCAAGAGGAGAACUUUGAGUUCAUCAUUGUGUCGCUGACCGGCCAGACGUGGAACUUUGAGGCGUCCACAUACGAGGAGCGGGAGCUGUGGGUCCAAGCCAUCGAGAGCCAGAUCUUUGCCAGCCUGCAGUCGUGUGAGAGCAUAAAGAACAAGUCUCGGUUAGGCAGCCAAAGUGAUGCGAUGGCCAUUCAGUCCAUACGGAAUGUGAGGGGGAACAGCUUCUGUGUGGACUGUGAUGCACCUAACCCAGACUGGGCCAGUCUGAACCUGGGCGCCUUGAUGUGCAUCGAGUGCUCGGGCAUCCACAGAAACCUUGGCACCCACCUGUCCCGCGUCCGCUCCCUGGACCUGGACGAUUGGCCGGUGGAGCUCAGCAUGGUGAUGACGGCCAUCGGUAACGCGAUGGCCAACAGCGUGUGGGAGGGCGCGCUUGAGAACUACACCAAGCCGGGGAGCGACAGCACCAGGGAGGAGAAGGAGCGCUGGAUCCGAGCCAAGUACGAGCAGAAGCUGUUCGUGGUGGGACUGCCCCAGUCGGACGUGCCCCUGGGGCAGCAGCUGCUGCGGGCGGUGGUGGAGGACGACCUGAGGCUGGUGGUGGUGCUGCUGGCCCACGGCACCAAGGAGGAGGUUAACGAGACCUACGGGGACGGAGACGGACGCACAGCUCUGCACCUCUCCUGCGCGAUGGCCAACGUGGUCAUCACACAGCUCCUCAUCUGGUACGGCGUGGACGUGAAGAGUCGAGAUGCUCGUGGCCAGACCCCGCUGUCCUACGCUCGGCGGGCCGGCAGCCAGGAAUGCGCGGACAUCUUACUUCAGCACGGUUGCCCCAACGACACAGGCAGCCUGACGUCCGUGGCCACGCCCAACAUGGGCCGCCGCAAUCCCAAUCCCAACAUCAACAACAACAACGCCCAGUGCGAGCUCAACCGCAGCAUCAGCAUCAUGUAGGAGAGAGCAGACGAAUGCGCAAAACCCCCGAGCCCACCCACCCCACCCCGCCUCUUCCCAGUACUUCCUCCUCUGUUUCACACUGUGUAACCCAGAAUCGGUACCAGCGGAGAGAUAUCAGGAGGGAUGGACACAUUGUUGAAAAUUCCACUACGCCCGAAAGAAGAAGAAGUGGGUGUUUGGGGGUUCGGACAUUGUACAGUGUUUUAUAUUAUUAUUUGUUUCUUGUUUUGUUUGUUGAAUUCAUUCAAUCUUGGUCUGAAAUGAUCAUGAUCAGCUUUAAGCUUUUUUUUGUUUUUUUAUUUUUUUUUGUGUUUUUGUUUUUUAAGCGUCAACCAAACAAAUGACUUACUUUGGCAUUCAUACCUACCCUACGAAAAGCAUUUCCUUAAUGCUUGAACAUUUCCUUUUAUGUCUUCCCUCCUCCGCGACGCGAGCUGAUUUUGUAAUGAACGCGAAUGAGAAACUUCCCCCAAAUUUUCCAAGCCGAGGCAUAAUAACAUAAAACUGUGAGGAAUAGUUUUACAAGUGACAAAACAAUGAUGUGGGAAAGAAACUAAAUCUUCCAUGAUAUCAGUGGCUGUUAGAGCUUUAGUAAUGAUGCAUGUCUCCAACACAGCUAUCAAACUCUUGACAUAUUAUUCAUAUACAAAGGCAAAGCAAUUAUGGUUGAAGAGUCCAAAUGAUUUAGAUACUUAAUUCACAGGAAAAUGGGUUUGGAUCAUCAUAAAGGAGUUGAUUGCACGAUUCCUUUUUUUCGGGUGAAAGUGAGUCAUUUCCUUUUUGCCACCCUUAUCGUGAUCCUCCAGUAAAAGUGUCCAUGACUAUAACGGAAUUAAGCGGCUUAAUGUUUUACGACCACUGAGCCACAUGGUUUUGUGAGCGUGCCUCUUCAAUCAGAAUUCAUUCAGAUUCAAAGGUUUUGAUUGAAACAGGGAAAUUGUACCAUUAUGAUGUCUUUGUUGGAGUAAUCCUCCGAUUGACCAGAUUGUCUUGAUAAUUGUUUGACCCAGAUUUCACACAAUUUUUAAAACCCACGAGCGUACUGGAAUAUAUCUCUUCACCCUCCUGUGGCCAAAAGCUGUACAAUUGGUACCCUUGAGAGUAUUUUUCCUCUUUUGUUGCUGUGAAAUACAAAUAUGGUGCUGUGAGUAUGUGUGUGUGUGCGUGUGCAUCCAUACAUAACUGUGUGCUUUGUACGUCUUCGUCUUUAACCGUGUGCAGCAGCAGAGAGCGACUGGGCAUUUCUGUUCAUUCACAAUGGAGAAAGGACACUGGAGAGAAGACACACCUUCAGUGAAUAUUUUGGGACGUAACUGUGUUUCAAUGUACAGACAUCUGUAAAAAACAAAAACAAAGUAGUUCUUGUUCCUUCACCUCGUUCCUUAUAAGAACUGAUUCUGACUUUUAGGGUUUAAAAAAAACAAACAACCUUUUCCUUGAACCUCCCCCAUCCUGAGAACCUGUCAGUCUAAAAGCAGGGCGUUAACAGAAUACGUUCAAGUGAGCGCGACAUUUAGGGAUUAAGAUGAGCGAGGCAGCUCAUUAGAGGGAACAUUGUUGGUUUCGACUCUCUUUGCAUUAACACAAAUGUACAGUAUUCCUCAGACGUGAUAAGCCAAUGCAUUCAUAGUAAGAGGGACUUGGUCAAGAAGUGAAUUCAGGUGGAGUUGGCACAAUGUCUACAGUGUUUUAUCCCUUUUACUCAACUGCCAUUUUUAAAGAUUUUAAAGCGUUUUUAUUUUUUAUGAGUUUACAAAGGCAGGAUGUAUAUGUUUACAGAGCAAGUUUUCAACUUGGUACCUUAUAUCUUCAUGAUUCUGUUGUUGCUUUACAGUAUUCCUGUCGUCAGAGCCCACAGCAAAAGAAUAUGUGGUCGAAAGAGGAUGUUUGUGAAUCCAGGAGAUGAGAUAGUGAUAUUGUGAGGGAGUAGUUUGACAUUUUUGGAAAUAUUUGCUUUCUUGAUCGGAGGUUUUGAUCAUAUGAACGAUACCACUCUCAUCUCUGAGUGUUUAGGAGAGAGCAGGAGACAGGGAGUGAUAAGCUUAGCCUAGCUAACAGCUAAGUUAUUAUUUUUAGAUUUAUGUUUUUCUGUAAAUUAAACAACAGCAUAUAAUUUAUAACACUAGGGAUCUUUCAAAUCAAAAUUAAAAGGACACAAUUGUGUUAAAAGUUUUAUUCACCGUACAUUUAGCCGACUCCCGUCCUCAUUCUCAGACUCUCUUAUACCAACAGGCAAAUGAAACACUUUUAACUUGAACACUUUUAAGUCUUGAAGUUUGUUGGAAACAUUUGAGAUAAUGUAAGUACUCAACUCAACACAAUAUACAUCAAAAGUGGAGUUGUUUUUUUUCACAUUUGAAUCCAUAAAUGUUACAUCUUUAUGAUUAGCCUAUCUGAGCAGUUAGCUUGGUGUGGAAAUGUUACAUAUUAUGUAUUUAAACCUCCAUUUUAUUGAUAUUCAGGCCAUUUUAGAGGACUGACAUAUCAUCACUUUUUAAGUUAGUAAAGAGGGCAUGUUGGAAAAAUUAAGGACAAAAGGUUGAGCUUGUUUUUUCAGAAGUUUUAAUUUGGAAAUGUCAUGCACAUAUCAUAUCUUUACAUAUGGAGCUGGAGCCAGGAGGUGAUUGACGUAUCCUAGCAAAUCGUUCGAUUAGUUAGCAGAAAGGUUUACUAGCUAACUCCCUCUUAAAAACACAAAUAUUCAUUUUUACACUUCUGUUUUUGUAUGAAUCAAACAAACAGGAUAUAUUAUGUUAAUUUACUAUCUAAUUUCGGCAAAACCACACUGCCAUUGCUAACAUUAUAUCAUGGCAACUAGGAUGGGUUGGCACAUUUCCGCUAGCUAACCCUGUCUCUUUAAACUUUGCACACAGGUGUGAGAGUCGUAUCAAUCUUCCUAUCUAACACUCAGCAAGAAAGCAAAUGUACAGUUUUUCUCAAAAUGUCAAACAAUUUCUACAAAGACAUCCCAGAACCGGCCAAAAAUUCAACCAGAUACCUUCAAAGUUACGUGUACUGUACCCUGGUACUGGCCUUAUUUUCCGAUUUCUACUUGACUUCUGCAACUUAUUUCAAUAAGUCCACUUCAGUGUCCGAGAGGAGUUUUGAUGUGUAUAGUGACUACCUGAACCCUCAUUGACAUUCUGUAGAUGCUGAAGAAGCGCAACACUAGAGAGCCUGCCUGUCUUAUCUCCCCAAACACAACGUAAAGUGUACAUAUUAGCUUAAUGCUUUUAUCUGAAGACAAGCUCCUCCUCCUAGAGAAACAUACUAAACCGGUUUUAGGUCAACAGUCCCCUUGACCCACGAACCAUAUUUUGAUAUGUUGUUUUUUUGUUUUUUUGUUUGUUUCUCUUUAGGCAUAUUUUUAAGGUACUUCCAUUUGGUCUUCGACAUUAACCGACCAUCUUUGGUACUUGUGUAUAAUGAUGUACAUUUGACAUAUUUAUAAUGCAGUAUGUAAAUAUCUUUUUUGUUUUGUUUUUUUGUUCUUUUUUUUGUUCCAAGUUAAUUUUCCUAUUGUAAUUCCUUUUACGUUCAGAACGUGAAACAAAGCAAAAGCUAAAGAGUAACAUGUUGUAUGCUUGGAUGCUUGGCUGACUGUUGACCUAUUAAUAAACACUCAAAUAAAACGAUGUAGCCUUCCCUGAAUUUAGGGGAAAUCGA